AUGUCCAUUUACCCACAACAAUCCACUUGUGCCAAAACGCAAAGGCUCCUGCCCGAGGUGUUCUUUCUCAAACCUGUGUCAGUUACCCAGCCAAUCAGGAUCCCGCAGGAUUCUGAAGGAAUAUUUCUGCAGGUGACAGUUCCAUGUAAAAUAAGGUCAAAUGAGAGUGAAGGUAUAAAGAGGCAGGUGAUUUAUAACAUUACAAUUGAUAAAAAACCAUACACUCUGUAUCUCACAAAAAGCUCAUUCUUAUCCCAGGACUUUUUGGUUUAUACAUUUAAUGAAACUGGAUCUUUGCAUACUGAUUCUUCAUAUUUUAAGAUGCAUUGCCAUUACCAAGGAUAUGCUGCAAACUUUCCAAAUUCAGCUGCAACACUCAGCAUUUGUUCUGGUCUCAGGGGAUUCCUUCAGUUUGAAAAUAUCAGCUAUGGAAUUGAACCAUUGGAAUCUUCGGCAAGAUUUGAACACAUAAUUUAUCAAGUAAAAAAUAACAAUACAGAUAUACCAAUGUUAAUAGAAAAUUACAGCAAUAUUUGGCAGAAAAACCAGACCUAUAAAAGUUAUUUAAUCUCACAGGAAAAAACUCUUUCAAAACUAUUACCCCAAUAUCUAGAAAUGCAUAUUAUAGUGGAAAAAGCUUUGUAUGAUUAUAUGGGAUCUGAAAUGAUGGCUGUAACACAGAAAAUUAUCCAAAUUAUUGGCCUUGUCAACACUAUGUUUACUCAACUCAAAUUGACUGUGAUACUGUCCUCCUUGGAAUUGUGGUCAGAUAAAAACCAAAUUUCUACCAUCGGGGAUGUUGAUGAGUUAUCAAAAAGAUUUUUGGCAUGGAAAAGGGAUGAUCUUAUCCUACGGCCCCAUGACAUAACUUUCUUACUUAUUUACAGGAAACAUCCUAAAUAUAUGGGAACAACGUUUUCUGGCAUGAUAUGCAAUAAAAGCUAUGAUGCUGAUAUUGCUGUGUAUACAGAUGCAAUAACUUUGGAAGGAUUUUCAGUUAUUAUAGCUCAAUUACUUGGCCUUAAAAUAGGACUAACAUAUAACACCAAUGAGUGUUCUUGUCCAAGAGCUACAUGCAUAAUGAACCAUGAAGCGGAAUGCCAGUUUAAGAAGUGCUGUGAUUAUAACACAUGUAAACUGAAAGGCUCAGUAAAAUGUGGUUCUGGACUAUGCUGUACACCAGAAUGUCAGAUAUCAGUAGCAGGCACUCCAUGUAGAAAGAGUGCCGAUCAAGAGUGUGAUUUUACAGAGUACUGCAAUGGAACUUACAGUGACUGUGUUCCUGACACUUACGCAUUGAAUGGCCACGUGUGUGGUUUGGGAACUGCAUUUUGCUAUAAGGGACGAUGCCAAACUACUGAUUAUCAGUGUGCCAACAUAUUUGGAAAAGGUGCUGAAGGUGCUCCAUUUGCCUGUUUUGAAGAAAUUAAUUCUUUUCGUGGUAGAUUUGGAAACUGUGGUUUUAAAAAUUCACAACCAUUACCUUGUGAACCAAAGGAUGUUCUCUGUGGAAAAUUAGCUUGUGUUUGGCCACAGAAAAAUACUUAUAAAAAUAAUAUUCAAUCUGCAAUUUAUUCAUAUACUCAAGGGCAUGUAUGCUUAUCCAUCCCUACUGGAUUAUCAGUGAGAUCAGAUGGAAGAGAUUAUGGCUAUGUAGCUGAUGGUACUGUGUGUGGCACACAAAUGUAUUGUGAAAAUAAAACCUGCCAAGAAAUUGAUUUAAAGAAAUCUAACUGUAAUGCCACUACAAAAUGCAAAGGGAAUGGGAUAUGUAAUAAUUUGGGCAAUUGCCAUUGCUUUCCUGGCUAUCGGCCUCCAGAUUGUGAAUUUCAAAUAGGUUCACCAGGAGGAAGUAUUGAUGAUGGAAAUGUUCAGAAAUCUGCUGUAGUUGUUAUUAAAAAGGACUACAAUGCACAUCAAGACAACUGGCGUUUUCUUAGUUUCUUCCUUGUUUUUCCUUUUUUUAUAUUUUCCAUCCUUAUAAUCAUGAAGCUAAGUGAAACUAGGAAACUCUGCAACAAAAAGAACCCAGAAUUUGAAGGCAAUUCAACCACUGCACCAGAAAGCAAUAUUGUGGACUCAUUAUUGCCAAGAACUCCGCCGGUCAGUGGCCAGCUUCCAGAAGAGAAAGUGACCCCUGAAGGCCUUUAAAAUAUCAGCUUGAGGGAAAUAAAACUUAUGGCAGGAGGCAGGCUUCCCUGUU